GUUUCCAGAGGGUGGACUGUUUGUAUGUAGCACUGGCGGCCCCGCAACAUGAGAUCAGCACCAAGAGGGAAGAACUGGCCGCAGAUAGGUCGUUCUCAAAUGCUGUAACCAUGCCGGUUAUAUAAGAGCUCCUCCUCCGGGCCGGCUUUGCUGCGGUCAGCAUUUACACGUCGGAACAUGUCGGAAGGACUGUAUGAGAAGUUCCUGGCCCCGGAUGAGCCUUUUCCCUUGUUGUCCCAGCAGCGGGGCAGUGUAAGUGAGGAGGGCUGCUUGGAUGUCAGUGAUUUUGGCUGCCAGCUCUCCUCCUGCCACCGGACUGACCCGCUGCACCGCUUCAACUCCAACAGGUGGAAUCUAACAUCAUGUGGGACGAGUGUUGCAAGCUCUGAAUGCAGUGAGGAAUUGUUUUCCUCUGUCUCAGUUGGAGACCAGGAUGACUGCUAUUCCCUUCUGGAUGACCAAGACUUCACAUCAUUUGACUUGUUCCCAGAAGGAAGUGUGUGCAGUGAUGUUUCUUCCUCUAUUAGUACUUACUGGGACUGGUCUGAUAGUGAAUUUGAAUGGCAGUUGCCAGGCAGUGAUAUUGCAAGUGGGAGUGAUGUGCUGUCAGAUGUCAUACCCAGCAUACCCAGCUCCCCAUGCCUCCCAUCCAAAAAGAAGAAUAAGCACCGGAAUCUGGAUGAGCUUCCAUGGAGUGCAAUGACAAACGAUGAACAGGUUGAGUAUAUUGAAUACCUCAGUCGUAAGGUCAGCACAGAGAUGGGACUUCGUGAGCAACUUGACAUCAUUAAGAUUAUUGAUCCCACUGCACAGAUUUCUCCUACUGACAGUGAAUUUAUAAUUGAACUGAACUGUCUCACUGAUGAAAAACUGAAACAGGUCAGGAGCUAUAUCAAAGAGCACAGUCCUCGGCAACGCUCUACACGGGAAAGCUGGAAAAGAAGCAGCUACAGCACAGCAAGCACUAGUGGAGUGAGUGGAGCCAGUGUGAGCAGCAGCAGUGCAAGUAUGGUCAGUACAGCCAGCAGCACCGGCUCUAGUGGUGGUAAUUCUGCUUCAAACUCCAGUGCCAAUAUGAGCCGAACACACAGUGACAGCAAUUUGUCUGCAAGUGCAGCUGAGAGAAUUCGAGAUUCAAAGAAACGAUCUAAACAGCGGAAGCUGCAGCAGAAAGCCCUGCGCAAAAGGCAGCUAAAAGAACAGAGGCAAGCCAGAAAGGAAAGACUUAGUGGCUUAUUCCUUAAUGAGGAAGUGCUCUCAGUGAAAGUGAAUGAAGAAGACCAUGAAGGAGAUGUUGAUGUGCUCAUAUGACGAGGGUGAAACCAACAGUGUUCUUCCUAAGUCUUAUUAGGGCAGGAUGCCAGAGUGAAAUCUUAGUCAGCCUUUGAAUUUUCAGGCAGAAAUCUUGGUAGCACCCUUUUGUCAUAAGGGGUCGUGCAGUACUAGAUAGAUGCCUCUGCCCCAGAAGGCUAGUCCAGUGAUAACCUGAGCCCUCAGCAGUGCCUUGUGUGUGUGUGGUAACGUGGUCUCUUAAACAGAUAUCCCUUUGGGAUUAAACAGGAAUAUAUAUUAAACAUUUAAAAGGUAGUGAAUAAUAACAUUUGCAUGAUGGCCUGGAAGAGGAGGUGGGAAUUGUCUGGGAUUUUGUUACUUUUUCAUGUUUUCAUAGUUCAUUUACUAUCAUACUUAAAAAGAUUUUCUUUCCAGUAACUGGUUCAGCUGUGUGCUGUGGUAGAAGGAAAGAGCCUUAUACAAUCAACAAGGGAUGGGGUAUUUGCAUUUGCAAAGUACAGUUUUCAUACAGGCAGAAUUAGUGCCGAAUCCGUUAAAUAGUUUUUUAAGAUGGCUGUAUUCAUUACACUUUUUGCAACUUUUUUUUACCUAUGGAACUAUUCUCUCACUUUAUUUAUGAACUCUUGAAUGGGUGCCUUUCAAAUGGUAAUUAAAAAAAGACCAAAAUAAGCAAAAGCUUUGCAUCCCAGGUAUAUGACUACUUACUGAUUCUACUUACUGAUACUUUAAUUUGCAUAAUCCAGACCUUUACACACCUAUCCUCUGCGCUGUGUAACAUUGUAAAUACACAACACUGUGCUCAGGUUUUAAUUUAUUAUAUGCACUGGAACUAAGAACUUGAAACAAAAAUAUAAUAUUCGAUGCUGCACUCCAUUACACUAGACAAUCCUUGAUUUUGGAAAGCUACAUACCUACAUUUACUGCACGUUCAGUUGAUCAAUAAAGAGUGUUAUUUUGAUGAUACUCAGGAAUAAAUCCAUAUCAGGCUUAUGAAGAACACUGUUAAUGAGCCUUGUUAACACAGAAAGGAGUAUUUGGAUGGAAAAACUAAGCAAAAUGUUUACUUGGAAUUUUAUACCUGUAUAUAGUAAUAUAACUACAGUCCCGCUUUAUAUAACCUUCUGGUGGUCAGAGAUUCCUGUUGCAUGUUGCAUAACUUUAGUGUAAGAAAUCCUUUUGAAAAAGGAACCCUCGGAAAUUAGAAGUGGUUGUGCAACUCCUAUUGCAGAAACCGUUGAAUCUAAUGUUAAACUGGCUUAUGUUGUCUGGGACCCCUAAAGCCAUUGUUUGCUUUAUAUGUAAGCCUCUUAUUUUCUGGUUAUCAUGAUAGAUGCUCCAGUCAGUAUAUUUGGUGGUUAAGAGGGAAUUUAAAAAAUGAGUGCUGUCAUCUUCUAUUCCUGGAAGUUUAAUGGUACUCAAUACAGGCUUUGUACACAACUCUUAUGCUUAAUCUCUAGUUCAGGUCUUUUAACAUUGUGACCACUCCUAACACUUCUCUCUAAAACAGUGUUCCUGCAAAAUUCAAGUAAAA